CCCCGCCCGCCCUAGGUCAGUUCUCGGAGGAUGGGCUGCGGAGACUGAGCUGCCGCCAUGAUCGGAGGCUUGUUCAUCUAUAAUCACAAGGGAGAGGUGCUCAUCUCCCGGGUCUACCGAGAUGACAUCGGGAGGAAUGCGGUGGACGCCUUCCGGGUCAAUGUCAUCCAUGCCCGGCAGCAGGUGCGUAGCCCUGUCACCAACAUCGCUCGCACCAGCUUCUUCCAUGUCAAGCGGUCCAACAUCUGGCUGGCAGCCGUCACCAAGCAGAAUGUCAACGCCGCCAUGGUCUUCGAGUUUCUCUACAAGAUGUGCGACGUGAUGGCGGCCUAUUUUGGCAAGAUCAGCGAGGAGAACAUCAAGAACAACUUUGUGCUCAUCUACGAGCUGCUGGACGAGAUCCUGGACUUUGGCUACCCACAGAACUCUGAGACAGGCGCGCUGAAAACCUUCAUCACCCAGCAAGGCAUCAAGAGCCAGACGAAAGAAGAGCAGUCCCAGAUCACCAGCCAGGUGACCGGGCAGAUCGGCUGGCGGCGGGAAGGCAUCAAGUAUCGCCGGAACGAGCUCUUCCUGGAUGUGCUGGAGAGCGUCAACCUGCUCAUGUCCCCGCAGGGACAGGUGCUGAGUGCCCACGUGUCUGGCCGGGUGGUGAUGAAGAGCUACCUGAGCGGCAUGCCCGAGUGCAAGUUCGGGAUGAACGACAAGAUAGUCAUUGAGAAGCAAGGCAAAGGCACAGCUGACGAGACCAGCAAGAGCGGGAAGCAGUCGAUCGCCAUCGACGACUGCACCUUCCACCAGUGUGUGCGACUCAGCAAGUUUGACUCGGAGCGCAGCAUCAGCUUCAUCCCGCCCGACGGAGAGUUUGAGCUCAUGAGGUAUCGCACCACCAAGGACAUCAUCCUCCCUUUCCGCGUGAUCCCGCUGGUGCGGGAAGUGGGGCGCACCAAGCUGGAAGUCAAGGUGGUCAUCAAGUCCAACUUCAAGCCGUCCCUUCUUGCUCAGAAGAUCGAGGUGAGGAUCCCGACCCCGCUGAACACGAGUGGGGUGCAGGUGAUCUGCAUGAAGGGGAAGGCCAAGUACAAGGCCAGCGAGAACGCCAUCGUGUGGAAGAUCAAGCGCAUGGCCGGCAUGAAGGAAUCCCAGAUCAGUGCAGAGAUUGAACUGCUGCCCACCAACGACAAGAAGAAAUGGGCUCGACCCCCCAUUUCCAUGAACUUUGAGGUGCCAUUCGCACCCUCUGGCCUCAAGGUGCGCUACUUGAAGGUGUUUGAACCGAAGCUGAACUACAGCGACCACGAUGUCAUCAAAUGGGUGCGCUACAUUGGCCGCAGCGGCAUCUAUGAGACCCGCUGCUAGCCGCCCGCUGACGCUAGCCUGCCGCCCGCCCCCCACUCCCCAAUCCCCCGGCCCGUGCCCCUGGCCAGCCACCACACGUCCGUGUCUUCUCCCUCCUGCUUUGCUGCCUUCCCUUUGCACCAGCCCCUGAGUCUAGGUCUGGACCAACCACACUGCGAGCGGAACUGGGGGGGGGGGGGGGGGGCGGUCCCUGGACCCCCUGGCAGGCUGGUUCCCGGGGCUCCGACUCCUCCAUCCAUCUGUCUUCCUGGCCCAUUGCUAAGCUCUGAGUUGUGUGACCAAAGUCAGGUGGGCCCUUCUCUCCUCCCUCCCCCGUGGCCACAUCUCUCUGGAGUGGAAGGCUUGGCUGCCCGUCACCUCGGAGCUCCCCCAGAGGCCAGUAACGGAUUCCCCAGCCCUCAGCCCCUGCUCUGCUUUGGGAUAGUGUGAGCUUCAUUUUGUACAAGUGUGACUUUGUCCAGUUAUAAACCCAAUAAACUGUAGAACGGA